UCGGCCAUACGCGACACAUUCGCCGCUGUCGAAAUAUUUAGGUCACUGUGAACAUACAGACACACUUAAUUGUUUUGUCUUCACUGAGUGUUUUAGGUGGGUUAAAGUUGAGACACUACAAUGAAAAUGGAUAUAGGAAUUUUCUUACUAUCAUGAACGCGUCAUGAAACUACCCCGGAAAUGAAGGCGCUCUUGUUUGGACACCGAAAGAAAACUCGGGAAGACGUCUUGGUGGCAUCUCACCUCCAGCAUGGACACCCUUGAGGAGGACCUGACGUGUUCCGUGUGUUACUCCCUAUUUUCCGACCCGCGUGUCCUCCCGUGCUCGCACACCUUCUGCAAGGGCUGCCUGGACAAUGUGCUCCAGGCGUCGCUCAACUACUCAAUCUGGCGCCCGCUCCACCAGCUGAAAUGCCCGAUCUGUCGCAGUGUGGUAGAGCUGUCCCUGACGAGCGUGGACACCCUUCCCACCAACGUGCCUCUGCAGGCCAUCAUUGAGAAAUACCAGAGGGAGAGCGAGCCCAGACGACCCUUGUGUCCGGAGCACUUCAGGCAGCCCCUCAACAUGUACUGCGUGCAGGACCGCCAGCUCAUCUGUGGCUUGUGUCUGACCGUGGGUCGGCACCAGGGCCACAUCAUCGAUGACCUGCAGGCGGCAUUCAACAGAGAGAAGCAGACGCCCUCCCUCCUGCUGGCCCGACUCUCUGAGAAGAGAUGGACAACGAUGUGUGAGCUUGGAGAGCAGCUGGAGCAGGAAAAAGCUCGUUGCGAAAGUCUGUUGAAGAAUGACCAACAGGAAGUCAAGCGGUUCUUUCACAACGUGGAUGCGGUGCUGGCCAAGAAGAGACAGGUCUACCUAGAGGUUCUGGAUAAAGCCUCUGUUGAGGUGUCCCGGGCCUACGACCCUCUGAUCCACAGGGUCAAGGAGCUGCAGGAGGAACAUCUGGACCUCGUGUCCUUGGCAUCGUCCGUAGAGGAGGAGGAUUCGCCACUGGUCUUCCUGGAGAAGGUGCAUUUGUUCAGAGAGCGAGUGGACAAGUUCACCAAUGCCAGCCUGCCCUCCGUCCUAAACCUCUCGGUCACGCCUCGAGCGGCCGAGUACCUGCAGCAGUACUGGCCCGUGGUCACUCUGGGUGGUCUGGAUGAGGCGCCCGUCCCCAAGGUGUGCUGCUGCACACGAUGUGGCAGCGUGCCUGCUGAGGCUCACAAGACACCGUCUGUAGGCUCGGUGCACGAUUCACGGUUUAAACCCAUAACCGUUUUGUUGUUGUUGCUUCUUGUCCUGGUGGCAUCACUCGGUGUCUCUCAGUUCCACUCGGGCUUGUGCAGUGAGUUCCUCCCGUACUUCUGGGCCUGGUUGGAAUCAACUUACAUGGGGAUGGAGGCCUUUGUGCAAAGAUGGUGCUGUCAUUUUUCCUCUAUGGGAGAAAUGUUCCUGCAGCAGAUGACCACCUUCCUCACAAAUCUGACAUCACCUUUGGACCUCAGUGUCUUAUUUACAAGUUGACUUCUGCAUCCUACUGCCUGCAUACACAGCACGUAUUAUCUUAUAUGUACACACUCCUUAACAAAAUGUCCAUAUGUAUUAUUUUCAGUGUUUAUUUUUCAUACUUGAUGCAGAAAAUGUAAUUAACUAUGUUGCAAAAUACAAUCCAAUAAAGUUUGUACGUUGA